AUGUCGUCUCCUUUGAAUGCUAUUAAGAUGCGAAGAAAGAAGAAUGUCAAGAAGGGUAUCCAGUUCUGUUUGAUGGUCUGUGGUGCAUCAGGCACAGGAAGAACCACUUUCGUGAACACUUUAUGCGGCAAAAAGGUCCUCUCUGGCAAGGACGCCGACGAUGCGACAACUGCUCAUGUCGAGGAAGGUGUCAAGAUUAAGCCAACCACAGUUGAGCUGGAAUUAGAUGAAGAAGGAACCCGUAUUUCACUCACAAUUGUCGACACACCUGGCUUUGGAGACCAAAUCGACAAUGAGGCAAGUUUUGGAGAGAUUGUUGGCUAUCUUGAGAGACAAUACGACGAUAUUUUGGCAGAAGAAUCCCGUAUCAAGCGUAAUCCUCGUUUCCGCGACAAUCGUAUCCAUGCAUUACUUUAUUUCAUCACCCCUACCGGCCACGGCCUUCGCGAAUUAGAUAUCGAGCUUAUGAAGCGUCUCUCCCCUAGAGUUAAUGUUAUUCCAGUUAUCGGAAAGGCCGAUUCCUUGACACCCGCUGAACUUGCAGAAUCAAAAAAGCUUGUUAUGGAGGAUAUCGAGCACUAUAGAAUUCCUGUCUACAACUUUCCUUACGACAUCGAGGAGGACGAUGAGGAUACAGUCGAGGAGAAUGCUGAGCUUCGUGGUUUGAUGCCAUUCGCUAUCGUAGGAUCAGAAGAUGUUGUUGAGAUUGGUGGACGUCAAGUUCGUGCAAGACAAUAUCCAUGGGGUGUUGUAGAGGUUGAUAACCCAAGACAUUCCGACUUCCUUGCCAUUCGAAGUGCCCUUCUACACAGUCAUUUAGCAGAUUUGAAGGAAAUAACCCACGAUUUCCUUUAUGAAAACUACCGUACUGAGAAGCUUAGCAAGAGUGUUGAAGGUGGUAGUGGAGGUGAUGCUUCUAUGAACCCUGAGGACCUGGCCUCUCAAUCUGUCCGCCUAAAGGAAGAGCAACUCCGCCGUGAGGAGGAGAAGCUCAGAGAGAUUGAGAUCAAGGUGCAACGAGAGAUUGAGGCGAAGAGACAAGAGUUAUUGGCUCGUGAGAGUCAAUUGAAGGAGAUUGAGGCUAGAAUGCAACGCGAGCAAACUGCUCAUCUUGAAGCAACCAAUGGAACGCAUACGUCAGCGGAUGCUGAAGCUUAAUGGUGAUGAUGUACAGGGGAAAUGUGUUUAUGCGUAAAAACAUGGAUGGAUGACUGGUGGCGAUGGAGAGGCCUGUCGAUUGCUGCAUACGCUUUCGUUCGGAUUUCUGGGGCUGGGGAUUUUUCUUUUUGCAGGUCGUUGACGGCGCUGCAUUUAUUCUGGCUCCUCAAAAAGCUAAUACCGUAGUUUCUUAUUGCCUUCUAAUGUGCAGCUAAAUCGAUAUUUAUUUCUUAUUAGGUCAAUAAUUCUUGAAAACAACAAAGCUACCUACCUUGAUGUACAUGAUAUUUUCAGUGAUGUGCUUUUUGUCUUAUGCUUGAGUGUGGUGAACAUCAUGCGUGCAAAAGUUUAAUGUCGUAAAUUGACAUGU